AUAAAUUGCUGUGCGUCGCGCUCUCAGUCAAUGGAGCGAUAGAGAGAAACACAAUUAGACCUCGUCUUAAAUUUACAAGUUUUUGGAGCGGUUUAACAGCUGAUUUUUUUUCCCUUGAAUUUGCUUAAAAGUAGACUUGACUUUUUCUUCUGCUUACGCGGAGCAGGACUGCUGAGAAGAAACGACAGCAUGAAAUACAUUAUAGGAAUUGGCGGAGUCACUAAUGGUGGCAAAACCACCCUGACAAAUAAGUUGAUCAAGACUUUGCCCAACUGCUGCGUUGUGCACCAAGAUGACUUUUUCAAGAAACCUGAUCAGAUAGAAGUCGGGGAGGACGGCUUUAAACAAUGGGAUGUGAUCUCAGCUUUGGAUAUGGAGGCCAUGACCAACACAAUAAAAGGUUGGAUCGAGAACCCUGUGAAGUUUGCCCGUUCCCAUGGCGUCGCUCUGUCUUCUGCAUCUGACGAGACCAGCCCAGAUGAUCAGACCCACAUCCUGAUCGUGGAGGGCUUCCUGCUCUACAACUACCCGCCCCUGCUUGAUGUUUUCCACAAGUGUUAUUACAUCACAAUUCCCUAUGAAGAGUGCAAGCGAAGGAGAAGUACCAGGCAGUACACUGUCCCUGACCCUCCCGGCUUGUUUGACGGCCAUGUGUGGCCCAUGUACUUGAAGCACAGGAGGUUGAUGGAGGACAACGGCUUGAAUAUUGAGUAUUUGGAUGGUAUGAAGCCCAAAGAGGAGAUCUACAACCAGGUGUAUGAGGACAUUCAGAACAACCUGCUCAAUCGUUUAUAGCAGGAAGACUCCUCUCCGCCCCUGUACAGAAUCUGUAAAUAGUCCCAAGGAUUCCUUUUUUUUAUGAAGCUUUUCUAAUUUUAUUCUUUGAUUGUAAAUGCAGUGAAGUAAUGUUAACUUAUAAUUAUGUUGUUGUUUUUUUUGGUUUGUUUUUCCUUUUUAAUAAGUGAUUGUUGAAUGGAUCAUUAGUAUGUUACUGUUAUGUUAAACCACUUGUACUGGACCAUUUGUCACAGUCAAAUAAAUGGGUUAGUAUCUGUUGAUAUACAGUACAUGAAAAA